AUGUCCGGAGGUAAAAGAAGACGUGAUUUCGAGGAAGACGAUGGAUAUCGUGACUUCAGGCCCCGGAUGCCUAAGAGGCAACGGGUGCCUCCAGUGGUUCAAUUAUGCAAGGAAAUGAUGCCUGACAUCAAAACAAUAGGAGAGUCAGUCAAGGCGUUUGACGAUGAUAUAAAGUUUCUGAGCGAAGCUAUCAUUAACGAGUUCGAUAACGAGGAGUAUUUUAGGGAUGCGCUUUUAAACACAUUUUAUGCCGUCGUGACAGAACAGCCUCAGAAGCAAGCUGCCAUUGCAUUACUCACGAUGACUGUCAAUGCAGGCAAUCCAAUUGCAGGUAAAAGCAUCCUAAAUUUCUUCUUCUCGAAGCUACAGAACUGGUGCGAUGCAACCAUCGAUGAGACUUUUGAAGCUGCGGCCAACGAAACUGGACCUUGGAAUAAGAUUAAGCUUAUAACAAGGUUUCUUUCACUUCUUUCACCUAUUGUACUCGAAGACGAGCUUCUAUCUUUGUACCGGAAGAUUUUCGACCUGUGCGUCCUGCUCAACGACCUAGGAGGAGAAAAAAGGGUUCCUUUAUCCGAGGCCAUUUAUUUUAACAUGUUGGUUAACAUUCCUUAUUUGUUUUUCUUCCAAAAGCAAAACGAAUCUCUCACCGACGCCGUUUUUGACCUUCUUUCUUUUGUCGAGUCUAACUACAAAGUCAAGUCUACGGACUUGUCAUUGACUAAGGAAUAUAACGGAAAAAUGCCUUAUAUCUCACAACAGCUGGUGCAGAUGGUCUUUCCUGCGGUCAAGCGUGUUCUAGGACAUGACAUGCAACAGCUAAUCGAAUUAUUUCCCGAUUACGACAGGUUGCUAGUAGAGCAACAAAACAUGCAUGCUUUCAACGAUCCCUUAAACCUUCCAGCUGUGGAAAGACUCAGAUUGUUCAGUGGUCUGGACCGCGGAUUUGGCUCGGUAGAUGGCAUGUGGAAAACUCCAAGGACUUCUUUCAAGGUAUAUUUGCCAAGCACAGCAGGCGAUUUUGAGACUGUCGUUCCCGUAAAUACUUAUGCGGGAAUGCUGCUCAAUGACAUAAUUAUCGACAUUGUCGAAGGUAUGGAAUUCAAUCGUAGGGAGGUUGCGAGACAAGUCAUAACCUUGGAUCUCUUCUUCAAGCCAGGGAUAUUUGCUGAGCCAGGCUUGUCAAUUGCUCAAUUGGUUUCUCUUUACGAGGAAAAUCCUAUCAUCACAACUUACAAGAUUGAAGAUUUGGCCAUAGAAAACAUUUUAAGCUUGAUAUUCAAGCUUCCGAAUGUCUCUCAAUCUUUCGCAUACUUUUACACUCUGCUAGUUGAAAUAUGCCAAAACUCUCCGAAGGCUAUUGCCCCUGUUUUUGGGAGAGCAUUCAGAUUUUUCUACGGGAAUUUAGAUAACUUGGAUAUGGAAUUGAAGUUAAGGUAUCUUGACUGGUUUUCCAUUCAAAUGAGUAAUUUUGGUUUUUCCUGGAAAUGGAAUGAAUGGGAAGCAGACGUGGUCAAAUUUGGGCCUUCUUUCUACAAUCCAAGGGUUGCCCUCAUUAAAAACCUAAUAAGAAAGGAGUUAAGGUUGACUUCCAAUCGCCCUGAUGUUGAAGAUAGUUUAACUGAUGAAUUUAAACAAUACUUGGAUACAUCUUACGUUCCCAGGACUGACCUACUUGCUUUCUAUCAAUCUUUCUUUACGGGGUUCUCCAUUGAGGAAGAUAUGUUGAAGGAUAAUGAUCUUCUGUUCAAGCAGGGGGUUAUUCCCGGCUCAGCUUAUGUGCUUCGUCUGCUGGAUUAUUUCCACAAGCAACCUUUGGAUAGAAAUGUUUCCGAAAUUGAAGCCAUAUUCAAGGAAAUGCAGGAUGAGUUCAAUUCCCAGAUUCCCAAUUUUAACAGAUUUGCGGUGACUGUAAUCGCUCAAGCCUUGGUUUACUCGGGAAAUAGGUCUCUUUCGCAUGCAAACAAAUAUAUUGGGGAUGCUAAAAAUGAAUUACAGGAGUUUUUGUCAAAGAUCGACUCGCCUGAUGAAAUUAAAGAGCGCUGGAUAGUGGAAGCAGUUUUGAGGUUCUGGAAUAGCAACUCACAAAACGGUUACCUCAUUGCCGACACGUUUAAGAACAACGACAUCAUCAGCUGCGAAAGCAUCUUAAGUUUUUCUUUGUUGGAUGAUAAUGGUAGAAAUUGGGGCCUUGUGGAUGCGACCGCAAUUGAAUCUACAUUUAGAAUCUUGAGCGAGUUAGCCCUCAGAAAACAGACAAGUGUGAAAACAUAUGCUUUUGUCUAUGAGCGAUGCUUGCAGCUUCUUGCCGAGACUGCCGCAGGGCUGGGUGUUUCGGAAGAUGAGGAGAUUAAAUCGCCAAUAAUUGAUGAUGAGACUAUGAUGGAUUUACCUUCCGAAUUGCCGAAGUUAGAUUUGAUAUGGAAGUACGAGGCAAUUUUAGGGCUUCUUAAAAGCAUUCUGCGGAAAUAUUCCGAUGAAUUUGUUCUCAUGCAAGAUAAACUCAUUACAGAAUGCCAAAAUAACUUGUCGCACCAUCCUACCCAAGCCCUUUUAACCAAAUGGAUCGAAGAGCUAGUAAUGCUUUGA